CAUGAGCGCUACUUACUUCCUUUGGACUCUCUUCUCCCUGCUACUAUUUCCGAACCUUGGUUCUUCUGCAGAUCUCACCGUUUCCAAAUCUUGUCGUGAUCACUGUGGAGGGAUCCACAUCCCGUACCCAUUUGGAAUCGGAACCGGCUGCUAUCUCAGUAAAUGGUACGAAAUUAAAUGUGAUCAUAAUAUUACCUCUCUUUCAGUUUCAGGGAAGCCCGUCCCUGUUCUUUCCGUAAUUGACAAGGAAGUUGUGAAGAUCUACCUUAAAGGGUCAAUUCGUAUAAAACAUUCAAUAGCUUCAAAGGGAUGUUCCAGCGACGGAGAAGAAGAGGUUGAGUCACUUUUGAAUUUGACUGGUACCCCUUUUUACGUUAGACCUCGUAAUACAAUGAUAGCGGCUGGUUGUGACAACACGGCAUCGUUGACAAAUAUCGAACCAGUCAUGAUGGGGUGCAAAUCUAGAUGCGGCAAAAAUUCACAUACACCUACUCAAGAUUUUCUUGCCCUAGACGAAUGUAUUGAAUCAUAUGGCAACGACAACGACGACAAGAAUUGUAAGGAAAUGAGCAUUGCCAACGAAAAAAGCUGCAGCGGUAUCGGAUGCUGCGAGGCAAACAUCCCUGGUCAUCAACAGAUUGUUGGUGUCAGAAUAGAUAACGUCACGACAACAAACAGAGGGUGCAAAGUUGCCUUCUUAACAGACGAUAACUACCUUUUGUCAAAUGGUUCUGAUGCUCAAAGGAUUCAUGCUAAAGGAUAUGGUACGGUUUUGCUAGGAUGGUUAAUCCAUAUGCCGAAUCGUUCUUUUUUCGACUCUCUGGGAUGCCAUAAUAUGAAAGAGUACAGCCAAGCAAUAAAAAACCCAUCUGCAAUCACUUAUGGAAUCAAUUGUACAUGCGAUAAUUAUUCUAGCUUUUCAAGCUAUGGAAGAUGUGAUUGCACUGAUGGUUACAGAGGCAACCCAUAUGUUUCAGGCGGAUGCAAAGAUGUUAAUGAAUGCCUAGAAGAGAAGGACAAGUAUGGAACUCCCAUUUGUACGGACGCAACUUGUGUCAAUUUUCAGGGAGGCUAUGACUGUGUUUACAAAAAUCACCGACGGCAAGUAGUAAUUGCAAUAGGGGUUGGUUCGAGUUUUGGGUCAUUGAUCUUUGUUGCUGGAAUAUACUUGGCAUACAGAUUUAUUAGAAAGCAAAGAAGGUUAAGCCAAAAGAAGAAGUUUUUCAAACGUAAUGGAGGUUUAUUGUUACAACAACAAUUAACUUCAACCCAAGGCAACGUGGAAAAGACAAAAGUGUUUACCUCAAAGGAGCUGGAAAAGGCCACCGAGAACUUUAGCUUAAACAGAAUACUCGGACAAGGUGGUCAAGGUACCGUGUACAAAGGGAUGCUUGUCGAUGGUAGAAUUGUGGCAGUGAAAAAAUCUAAAGUCGUGGACGAGGACAAGUUAGAAGAGUUCAUCAACGAAGUUGUUAUUCUUUCGCAGAUCAACCAUAGGAACAUCGUGAAACUCUUGGGAUGUUGCCUUGAGACACACGUCCCAGUUCUCGUCUACGAGUUUAUACCUAAUGGUAACCUUUUCGAAUACCUUCAUGAUGAGGAGUCUGGUGAUAACAUGAUGGCUACUUGGGAAGUACGUCUCCGCAUUGCUAUAGAUGUUGCAGGAGCUCUCUCAUACCUGCACUCGUCUGCAUCGUUUCCAAUCUAUCAUAGAGAUGUCAAGUCCACAAACAUAAUGUUGGAUGAGAAGUAUCGAGCCAAGGUGUCUGAUUUUGGAACGUCAAGAUCGGUGACAGUGGAUCAUACCCACUUAACGACUGUGGUUUCGGGUACGGCGGGGUAUAUGGAUCCUGAGUACUUUCAGUCUAGCCAGUUCACUGACAAAAGUGACGUUUAUAGCUUCGGAGUUGUGCUCGUGGAGCUUAUCACCGGUGAGAAGCCAUUUUCUUUCUUGCGGUCUCAAGAAAACAGGACGUUGUCAAGUUAUUUCACUCUUGCAAUGAAAGAGAACAAACUCUUUGACAUUAUCGAUGCACGAAUCAGAGAUGGUUGCAAGGUGAAUCAAGUGACUGCAGCUGCAGAGAUUGCAAGGACGUGUUUGAACAUGAAAAGGAGAAAAAGACCAAGCAUGAGAGAAGUGUCUAUGGAAUUAGAGAAAAUACGUGCGUCGUCUGAAGACACGCAGUCGCAUGAGUAUGUUGGCGAAAACAAAGAAGACAACAACAAAAGAGCUGUGGAAGUUAACAUAGGGGAGAGUUCAUGGAAUGACGUGGCGGUUACAGCUCCAGCUUCUCAAAACAGUGUCGCUACAUCGUCAUUGUCAGAUACUGAACCAUUGUUUCCUAAUCAAACUCGGUAAAAGUCGCCUAUCUUUGCUUUUGUGUUCUAUUUUGAAGCUUGUGUGUGAAUGAGUGUGAACGUACUUUUUUUUCUAUUAAUGGUCUCCAAGUUAUGUAAUAAAGGAUCUCCUUUCUCAACUUUUGAGGAAGAUAGUCAACUUUUGGAUUGUGUUUACCCAUGGUUUUGGUUUGGUAGCUGACUUUAUUUCUCUAUAUUUAUUACUCAGUUGAGAUGUAAAGUGUAAACCCAUCACCUUAACCGUUG